GGUUAUGGUUAUGGAAAAAAACGAAGGCUACAGUAGAGAAGAUUUUUUUAAGGGGAAAAACACGUUUAUAUAUAUAUAUAUAUGUAUAUAUUUUAGCCUUUAUUGUUUUGAAAGCUGGUCGCUGAAGAACUGAGAUCGUUGCAGAUAAGCUCAGCUGUUGAUGUGGCGCCUACAGCAGCAGUUUGUUUAAAUCCAUGGAUAAAGACAAGAGUACCGACAAUCAUGGUCCGUGCUCCUGGAUGGAGAUGAACCAGUUCAUCGGCGAACUCAUCACAUCUGGAAACAGCUCCAAGGAUCAGCCAGAUGUGCUGAACGCAACGUGGGGCAUGGCUGCUGCUGCUGCUGCUGCUGGUGGUGGUGGUGGUGGUGGUGGCGGUGGUUCUGCUGCUCUGGGGUUCAAAGUUGCUUCACUAGAUCCUCUUCAACAUCCUCCACCUGCCAAGGACAAGAGGGAAGCAGGGCCCGGCCGGCAUGCCCAGCCCGGGGCGACACAGAGGAGAGGAGAGGCCAGAGACAGGAGAGAAGAUGCUCAUCACGCCUGCGUCUGCCCUGGCUGCCCUUACUCCACCUCGCCGCCUUUCUUUGAGACUUUAAAGCCCAGACAAUCGUUGUCCUCGCUGCCACGCUCCGACGCAGGGUGCCGACCCCAAAACUUUAGCGGCACUGCUCCGGCGAACCUCAGCAUGUGCGUGCCGGACACCACCGAUCAAAGCUGCACCACCACGUCUGAGUUAGAGACCAGGACGCCUGGCCGCCUGCAGGGGGAGUCUGCAGGCAGAGGGAGUCCGAUCCCGGACCAGAACUCAGAGACUCAUCCGCCUAGAUCGACCUCAGGCUCCUUGACCGGUCUCCCCAUGUUUCCCUGCUUGUGCUGCCACCGCAGCCUCCAGGCCUGCAGCCAGAUACUGAGCAGCCAGGAGAGCACGGACUCCGCAUUGUCUCACGCCCAUCAUCAUUUCCACCACCACCACUGCCCUCUAACCUCUUGCUUUCCCUGCCCUCAGCUUGCCCACUCUCCCUCCUCACAGCUCUCUGGUCCUUUCCCCUGCUUUUCCUGCCAGCGCUCCUUUCCCGCCUGUUCUCAGGUCUUCCACCACCAGCACAGACAAACACAGCCACGAGAGGAGAGAGGCAGGACGGCCGCGUCCCUGAUGUCUCCGCAUCCCUGUAUGCAUUGCUCUGCCUCCUUUCCACGGCCGUCCCAGCUGCUGCAGCACCAGCGCUCUGAGCAUGCCCACAAACAACCGGGUUUCCUCUGCACAGAGUGCGGCAGGGCCUUCAACUCGCACAGCAACCUUCGCAUCCACCUCAACGUGCACACUGGUGCCCGGCCAUACACUUGCUCCGACUGCGGGAAGAGUUUUAGCCAGUCGGGGGCUCUGAAGAUCCACAGGCGGAUUCACACUGGUGAAAGGCCAUAUACCUGUGGAUUUUGUGGCAGGGGGUUCCCUCAUCUAGCAGGGGUCCGGGCCCACCAGAGGACCCACACUGGAGAGAAGCCCUACCGCUGCAGCCAGUGUGGGAAAUGUUUCACCCAGUCGGGAGCUUUGAAGAUCCACACCCGCAUCCACACAGGGGAGAGGCCCUUUACCUGCAGCAUCUGCGGGAAAGGCUUCUCCAACCGCUCUGGGAUCCGCUUCCACUACCGCACAGUUCACGGCCUGGCUUCCGAACAUGCAGGAGAAGCCGGGGCUGGGGGCGCACACCGUGGAGCAGCGGGCCGCGGUUAUCCACCUGGGCAACCCAGGACUUUACCCUCCGCCAGCGUUGGCCGAAAUACAUCCAACAGGCCAGGUGGCGACUCGCAUCCAGCUCUCAGAGAUCCCCCCGAGUCGACUGCUGCUCCGUCCGAAGCGAGGAACCCCGGCAGUAACACAGACGGGCUUCUGUAUGCAUGUGAAGACUGUGGCCUGCGUUUUAAAGACGCCCCAUCCAGGAACAGACACCAGACCCUGGUGCACUACUCCUCUGAGGGGGGAGAGGAGGGGGAGGGAGCAGAGGACAGAGUAAAGCUCAAAUGAGAGGGUCCGGGAUAAAAGUGGAGUGAAUGAUUAUUGUUGGUACAUGGACAGACAACAGAGUUUAUUAUGUCAUAAGUGUUGGAAUUAUUUGUGUGGAAAAUAUUCUGUUCUGUGAGUGUUACUCUUUAAUUUGGCAAGUCUCUGAGCUACCAUGUGGACUGAAAUUAUUAUUAAUAUUCUUUAAAUACAGUUUGCUUUGUCAACUCUUUAAGGAUGUCAAGGAGAUAUUCUGUUCAACUAAGCCCUGGCGACUACUAACAAAGCAUAAUAGACUUAAUAGGUCUUUAGCAUCAAUUUGAACAUUUUCUGUAGUGAGAUAUCUGGAAUCAUCACUGCUGCAAUCACACACACACACACACGCCAGGCCAACUCCUGAAGUGUUUUCAGUUGUUUUAUUGUGCCUUAUUCAGCAGUGGAAGAAGUUUUAUUCUCCUUGUUGUAUUACAGCCAAAAAAAUAAAAAUAUAAUCACAAAACGUGGCGCCACAAAACAUUCCCAGAAAUAUAAAUUCUUUUUAGUAACAAUUUCACAUAUAACGGAGGAAUAUUCUGCCGUCUGACCCUUAUCAUAAAAUAAUUGUUCUAAUAAAAAACUACAUUUGAAAAAUGUAUUUAAGAUUCUUACUCAGCAAUGUAAUUUCAGUUUAUUUAAAUUAUUUAUUCAGUUAUUUCAAUGUUUAAAACAAGUUUCCUAUAUGAAAAUAGAACAUGAUAUUUCAGUUAACACUGUAAAAGAUGCUGUACAAUGACAGAAGCUAAGUGAGUGACGAGAAGGUCACACGCUGGCGUCCUUCUUAAAGUGAUGAUCUGAAGCCCCUCACACGGGGGCAACCACAUGACAGCAGCUCUGGAGUUGAUGUGUACGAGUUUGCUCAAGGACACUGCAGUAGUUUGAGACAGAGGGUUUAGUUCACCAUCCCAAAUAUGACAUAAACGUGCCUGUUGUGCCUUUUUGUGUUAUACUAUAAUCCAAGCAUUUAUUUUAAACCAAUAUAAGUUGUUUUUUAAGUCAAAAAUUUGUUAUAAAUGGAUGUCGGGUUAACUGAGGAAUGAAAACAAUAAUUCAUUAUUGUUAGAAGUUCAGACAGAGCCACCUAGUGGUCAUUUAAAAUCACAGCAACAUCAUAACCAGUGACACGUUUUUUUUCUUCCUUUACAAAAAAAUGUUGAAUUUAUACUUUGUGAAUACAAUGUUUUGUGACUUCAAGUAACAUUCAGUUGUUUGUAUUUAACCUGUUAAAUAAACCGAAGCAUACAUUCCUGUAUGUAUUUUCUGAAAGUGCACCUUGUGAUCACACGUCAAUAAAACAGUUUCUCUGA